AGAAAGGGGGACCCUAAGCGAAGAGUAGGUGGUACGCUGCAAGCUGUGUUAAGAUGGCGAGAGAGAGCAAGAAAAAAAAACGGAAACGAAUGACUUCAUCUUAAAAAAUAUAAGCACAGAAUAGAAUAGAAUCCGAUAGUUGACGCAAUCCUUCAGUUACAACUAAAACUUCAAAAUCAUACAAGGAGAACCACUCUUAUGUUUAUUUGGUUAAUCAAUUCAAUAAAUGGAUAUCGGCUAUCUCUAAACAUUCAAUCGAAAUAUUGAUAUCAACAGUGUUACGUGACAUUAGAUAUCCAUACCUUAACGAGAGACGACGGGUUUGUCACGCAUCUCUUUAGACUACGAUAAAAAUAAAUAAAUAAAAUAUCCGUUGAUUUGAAACUGAAGAAGGUUUGGUGUUGAUCUGAGUUUCUGUUUAAUGUGAUGGAGCUAUUGGACAGUUUAGAACAAGAGGACGAUGCAAUCUGACAUGGCAAAUGACAAAUGGCAUGCAGUGCAUUAAAUGUUCGCUGUUAAAAAAAUAAAAAAUAAAUAAACAUUACGUGCAAUUCUUGAUUACGGUGGUAACAUGGUAAUAUUUCUCUAUAUACUGAUAUAUAUUUAGCACACAGUUUGGCUAAUACAUCAUUUAAUAGGUAAUAAGUAAUCAAGCAGCUGCUUGAUUUCAGUUGCAGUUCGCUAGUAAAUGUUUAUUCUGAAAUGCUGUACCGGAAAAUGGACUUCUUGGUUGAAUUCAGAUUGAUGCUGCUCGUGACAAGCCGCUGGUUGAUGUAAGCAGCGCCCACGGCUUAAAUGAGCCUCGUCCGUAAGCGUUUCUUCGUUCAGACACGAACUGGGAGCAGACACAGGCGGAUUCUUCUCCUCCUGCUCUUCCUGCUGUCCUCCUCCGGACUGGCUCCCAUUUCUCUCUGCCUGUCUACAUCAUCCAUCCGUCUGCGUUUGAAUACUGAAUAUCUGCCCGCUGGAUCAGUCCACAUACUCCACAUGUCAUCUCCACCAACUGGAACCUUUUUAGUGAAGUGAUGAAUGGCUGAAAGGAUUUGGAGCCGCGUUCAUCUUCCUGCCAAACGCAGCGGGGUCGGCGACCGAAGAAGAGCUGGGUGCUGCUGAUCUCCUGGAGCGUGGUAUAUGUUAUGGAUUAAGUGUAGUCAGAGAAAACUUGGAUUUUGUGAAGAGCCUUCUGGUUCCCCGUAAUGGACAUAAUUGAAAGGCGAUUGUAGAAAGGGUCUCUCGUUUGGAAUCACACCACAGGAGGAAAUGUACAGAGUGUGGAUACUCUUCUUUCUGAUAGAUGAAGGUUUUGCUCUGGCACAAAGAACUAAAGAUCCCCCGAGUGAGCAUGGUGGCCAGAGCCCUAACCAGAAUGACUGUGGCACGUGGGUCCGCAAUAUAAAUGGCGGGGUGUUCACUUCACCAAACUACCCCAACACCUACCCACCCAACAAGGAAUGUGUUUAUAUCCUGGAAGCUCUCCCUAGACAAAGGAUUCAACUGGCUUUUGAUAAGAACUACUACAUUGAACCGUCUUUCCAGUGCCGCUUUGACCACAUUGAAAUACGUGAUGGCCCAUUUGGGUUCUCACCUCCUAUCAAUCGCUUCUGUGGAGGAAUGAAUCCGGGUAUUGUACAAUCUACGGGACGUUUCAUGUGGAUCAAAUUUACCAGUGAUGAGGAGCUGGAAGGCCUCGGCUUCCGCAUCAUGUACACCUUCAUUGCAGACCCUGAUUUCCAUCUGCAUGUGGGUGGAUUACUAAACCCCAUACCAGACUGUCAGUUUGAAAUUGGUGGAUCGGAUGGGAUUAUUCGCUCCAGUCAGGUGGAGGAGGAAGACAGAGUGAAGCCUGGUGAAGCGCUGGACUGUAUCUGGACCAUCAGGGCUCCUCCUCAAUCCAAGAUCUACCUGCGCUUCAUGGACUACCAGAUGGAACACUCCAAUGAGUGCAAGAAGAACUUUGUGGCAGUGUACGAUGGCAGCAGUGCCAUUGAGAACCUCAAGGCCAAGUUCUGUAGCACUGUGGCCAAUGACGUGAUGCUGGAUAACGGUGUGGGAGUCGUGCGAAUGUGGGCUGAUGAAAAGAGCCGACUCAGUCGGUUUCGCAUGCUCUUCACCUCAUUUAUUGACCCACCAUGUACAGCCAAUACAUUCUUCUGCCACAGCAACAUGUGCAUUAACAACUCUCUGGUGUGCAAUGGGGUUCAGAACUGUGUCUACCCAUGGGAUGAAAACCACUGCAAAGAGAAGCGAUCUAAGGGGCUUUUCCAUCAGAUCACUAAGACCCAUGGCACCGUUAUUGGUGUCUCAUCUGGCAUCGUCCUUGUACUUCUUAUCAUCUCCAUCUUGGUCCAGAUGAAGCAGCCAAGAAAAAAGGUUGUAGCUAGGCGAUCUGGUGUUUUUAACAAGGCUGGAUUCCAGGAGGUCUUUGAUCCACCCCACUAUGAGCUCUUCUCUCUACGUGACAAGGAGAUAUCCUCAGACUUAGCAGAUCUCUCUGAGGAGCUGGACAGCUUUCAUAAACUGAGGCGAUCCUCCAUCAUGUCCCGCUGUGUCCAUGAGCACCACUGUGGUUCGCAAGGCUCUGUGGCUACAGGUUGUGGCAGCAUGAAGCACAGCCGCACCACCCUGAGUUCCAUGGAGCUGUCCUACCACAACGAUUUCUCCAAGCCUCCCCCAAUGAAGACUUUCAACUCUUCAGCCAACUACAAGAAGAGCUGCUACGGCUACAAGCAGCACUCACAGACUCAUGACUGCGACCAGCAGGUCAUCGAGGACCAUGUCACAGAGGAGAUUCCAUGUGAGAUUUAUGGCCGUGGUGCAGGAGGAGUGGGAGGAGGAGCCACAGGUGGAGGAGCAAUGGGAGGAGGAGCAUCUGGGAUUGCAGGAGGAGGGAUCGGAGGAGCGGUGGGGAUAACAGGAGGUGUGGCAAUGGCUGGUGGGAUGGGUAUGGCAGGAGGAGUGAGUAUGACAGGGCCUAGUGGCAUCACAGGAGGUAUUGGUGGUGGGAUGGCAGGAGCCUGUGGAACCCUCAGUAUCCGCGGAAAUGGUGCUCGUAACAGCACUACCUUAGUUGACCCACAACAGCGUUCCAUGUCCAUGGACUUCUAGAUGGAGAAUAAGAGAUGAAAAGGAGAAAAAGAAUGCAGGCGGAAAUGAAUUUCACUCACUGAAAGAAAAGAAAACCACUCCUGCUUCCUCUUUUGUCACUGGUCUUCAGGACUGUGGGUUAACACCCCUGUCAUACUUGUGUGGGGGUUUGUGAAGCAUGAGCAUGAGACAAGAACUGUGGAAUCAGAACAGGAAAAGAAAUUAUAAAGUACUGGUCUGAUUCUUUGGGAUAAUGAAAGAUUUAGAAUGAAUGAGACAUCUUAUUUCUUCCCUAGUCUCCUGCUCAUUUCUCUCCUUCCACCAGGGACUUCUAAGAGGGUGUUCUCGCAUGCAAAGCUAGACCUCUCUCAGUUUGGCUUCUCAAAAGAAACAUAAAAAAGAAAGAACGAGAGAUGUCAUAGACUCAGUCUUUAAAUUCACCUGCCAUGCCAGAUAUAUGAUAUUUGAUUUUUAGUGGGUCUUCUAAUAAUUUAUUUGAGUCUUUAUUUUUGUUCGUGUACUGUACUGUUCAAACCAGUAUAUAUCCAGUCUCACGAUGAUGCUUGGCUUUUAAAUCUUUAAUCUUUUUAAAAUGUUGCUCAAAGUGACUUUUUUGUGACAUGUAUUAAUGAAGAUGAAAUUGCUGUUGCUCUCAGUAAUGAUCAGUAUAAGGUGAUGGUAGACAAUGAUGAGGGUGAGGAUGAAAUAUUGCUAUAAUGUAGUUUUGGUUACCUCACAUAUAUAGAAGAUGCGCUCCAUUUAAUCUCUCCUCAGGAAGAGCACAUGAAGAGAUGGUCUUAUUUUGGUAAGAAAAAAAGACUAUUUCUGAUCCAUGACUUUUAUAGCAUAUUGUUAGCCUAAUAGAAUAAUUGAAUUUCCUUUAAGAGAUUAGAGAGCUUCUCCUUUUCACUGCAGACACAAAGAAUAUACAAAAUAGUGCAACAGGUGCUAUUUACAAACGAGUUAAAAUACAAAAUAUACUAAUAAAUAUAUAUAAAAAAAAUGUAAAAAGAAAUGUAAAAAUAUAUUUUACAGAAAUACAGCAGCAGCGGUAAAAAUGUAUUGUGCAGGUUAAAACAGAAUAAACAGAACAGCAGCAUCAGUGUCAGUGAAAGUCUAUAUUGCACAUUUUACUUUAUGUUGGUGGAUGGGGUUGUUGCAUGUGAGAGGUCAGGGUGAUGAUGGCUCUCAGAAAGAAACUCUUUUUUUCAGUUUGUCCAUGCUCUGAUACAUCUGUAGUGCCUCCCAUACAGCAACAGCUCAAACAGCUGAGAUCUGGGGUGUGAACUGUCCUUGAUGAUGUUGUGAGCUCUGCUGAGGCACCAUGUGGUGUGGAUAUCCAUCAAGACGGGAGAGGGCAGCCAGCACUCCUCUGUGCUGCCUUCACUGUCCUCUGAAGCCUUGCUCUGUCUCCCUCGGUCCAGCUCCCCUAACACGUGGACACACAGUACAUCAGCAAGCUCUCAAUGUAAUUGAGUUUAUGCCUGAGUCAUAUUUGAAUGUUGAAUGAACAAGAAAAAAAACUAUUUUAGCAAGUACAUUGGUAUUUUUAUUGAUAUUGUAACAGUAAAAAAAAGAAAAAGAAAAAAAAGACUGCUAUUAGGCUAACGAUAUGAAGAUGUCAGCUAUGAGUGAAAAUUCUUGGAAUACAACAUGUUUGGCUGUAAGACCUGGACUGGAUCAAGAGAGCAACCAUCCCACUGUUGUAUCCCUUCCUUGGUAGGAGAAACUGUAAAUCGUCAAUUCCCUCAUGAAUCAUGUGUGUAAAAGAAGCACAACCUGUUUCCCAUGUAGAUGUUAUGGGACUCCUUGACUUUAACCACUGGUUGUAUAAUUUUAUUCUGUCGAAUUAAAUGAGAACUUCCUCAUUCCCUGUGUGAGUUUUUCUGUUUACUGUAACAAACCUUAACCUAAAGAAAACACCCUAAUGUGCUUUGGGUGUAAUCUGUUUAUUAAACUGUGUGACCAUUAA